AUAAUCAAUAUGGCAGCCUCCCAAGCAUCAGCGCUCUUCUGCACACAAUUCUUAAAAAUUAGUCAAUUAAAGCCAUUUACUCGGUGCAGUGUUACUGCUGCAAGACAUCUGAUAUUCCCAGCACCACUCAGAUGUGCAUCAUCAUCAUCGACUGGUAACCAAGGUGAUGGAGGUAAACAAUCUCCAGAGGGAGCCCCACUUAAGAAGCCAUUUACCCCAGUGGGCAAACACGACAACCAGAUGCCAGAGAAGCACAGGGAUGCGGAGAAGAAUCCUUUGGAAGCUUUCCCUGAUGAUGUGAAUCCUGUUACGGGUGAGAAGGGAGGACCAAGGGGCCCGGAACCAACCAGAUAUGGGGACUGGGAGAGGAAAGGACGAUGCAUCGAUUUCUGAUCAAAUAUAUAAUGGACAUUGAGACAAGAACUUGGACAGAGUUCUUGGAGAGUAUUAUAUUUACUUUAACUGAUUGGAACCAGAUAUUGGAACUGAUGCUUGAUGGAUGAUUAUGAAGAUAUCAUGAUGAAUAAGAUUUUAGAAGUGGAAGAGGAUUUAUUGUACAUAUUCAACGGAAGAUGCUUCUGGUGGAUUGAUAUGGAUACAUACAGUAGAGAGUUUGACAGGGAGACAGAAACAGAUAGAAAGAGCGAGGGGGGGGGGUUGAGUGAGGGAGAUUUGAAGACUUGAACCAUGAACUUUAGCAUUUUUAAUUCCACUUUGUUUGAAUAAACACCACAUUCAAAUUACCUUAGAUGGCAUGAAUGUGAAUUAUCCAUCCCAUGGUUUAGAGAUAUGUUAUUCAGAAUUUCAGAGGUAUAUGUGUAUACCAUAUAUACAUGUAAAAGAUGUCAAUUAAGGGGGAUAGUCAAGUCACUUAUCCAAUAAAAAAAUGAAUGAAAGUUGUCACACUAUCAGAUGUUGAUGAAUUGCUUUUGUGAUCCUUGAUCUGAAGAGUGGAAUAUUGACAGUUCUCGCAUGAUAGUUUAUUACUAUAAU